CCUAUCGUAUGCUCUUGCCCGUAUAAUUGACUCUAAGCACCCGCGAAUGCGACGGCCCCUGCUGCAAUUUUAAAGCAGAAAGUGAUUAGAAACCUAACACCACGAAAUAUUUAUACUGUCACAUCACCAGAGGCCCAUUACGACCGGCUGUAAUAGUCGGACUCAGAGGAACUUGAAAUAUCGGAUCCGAAGAAUAUUACAUAAUGUCCAAAAAUUACAGCGCUAACCAACACGAACAUGCUUUCUUUCCACACCGCUUGCAGCAGUACGGCCCUGCGAAAGAAAUUGCUCAGCAUCCGAAAGCGAAAGCAUAUACCACCACAAUAAUAGCGAACGAUCAGGGACACUUACUUCCGGGACAAAAAACUAAGCCUGGCGAUUGCCCCUGGGGAUCUUAUGUCGGAACAUGGGACUUACCUUGUCACUUAUAUGGCAAUGCCAUUGAUAAUCCAUGCGCGCGCUCUAAAGAAGCCAUGGAGUUACUACAAAAGAAAAAAGAACGUGUGAUAGCAUCCAUCAAUCUGGCGAAGGGAAACAAAAGCAGAAUAGUACAAGAGAGGUUUGACGAAGCAUUGAAACGGCGAACUCCAACACCUGAGAACCGAGAAGAAUGAUGACACAGGAGUGUCGUGAAAUCUUCUUAUUUUCUGCUUCCUUUAAUCUAUCUGUUUACUUGACAGACUUUAUAAAACCGAAAUCUCUCCAGAUUCCGCUCUCUAAGUUAUUCUGUAUUUUCCUUGUCAUUAUUUAAAAGAAUUUUUUUCAUAAU